GCGCAGCGGUGCGCCUCAGCUCGCCUUCACUAACCCGACUCGCUUAAAACCGACGCAGCUCCGCUAAGAUUUAGUUAGUCGUUCAUGUCGUUUUUUUAUUCUGUAUAUUUUGACCUAUAGUUCGGUUCUGGACUUUGUUUUGUAGCGCGAACGUAACGGUUAUAUUGACAACUUGAAGAAGUCAGUCAGUCACCUGCUAACUGAAGGAACAGCGAGUACUGAAGAUUUGUUUACUGUUUCUGUCUGAGGAGAAAAAGACGCCAAGAAAAGCAAGAAAAGCUGCUUCUUCAUCGCUUCACUACUUACUUCUUCAUGCACAAACAAACCAUGUAACUGUUUAAUACGUGUUAAAGUGUUUUUCUUAUCAACAAGGAGACAUGCGUCUAAAUAUGAGCGAGAAUAAUUAUGCGUUGGAGGAGAGAGACAGAGACAGACUUCCUCCCAUCAUAAAUCCUAGUUUGGAUCGUGGACCAAAGCUUCCCUUCUCCAGCUACGGGAGCUUCAUAUCCACCCUGAACCACAAGAGAGAGACGGGAAACCUCUCCACCACACAGCUCCUUUUACCUGCAGUCCGACAAGUGAGAGAUCUUCCCCCGAUUUGUCCAGAUGUGAGACAGAAGCAGCGAAUCUCCAUUGAUGUAUUGCCACCAGAAGUUAAAGCUCGUUUUAUCUCAGACCCAGUCAUUCCUAUCCGGACCAAAACCUCCAAAGAGUUUCAAGAAGACGUUGAAAGGGCAACUCUCUCAGGUGAUUGGAGGCUGGUCCAUGAUUUCUACUUGACCACGUUCAGCUCCUUCUUGGAACUCAAUGCUGCCUUUAAGAAAGAAGCAAAUGCUCCAUUCAACACUAUUGAAGACUCAGGAAUAAACACCAAGUUUGUCAAUGCUGUCUAUGACGCUCUACUUCACACGCCCCCCGACACGCAGAAAUCAGUCCUGAAGGGAAUCAUUAAUAGUUUAUUAAGAGAAUGGAAGGGGCCACGAACAAAAGACGACCUGAGGGCAUAUUUAAUACUUGUGCAGAACCCUCAGUACUGCAGCACAGCCACUUAUGUCAUAUAUGCACAUUUACUGAGGCAGAUCGCAGCGCUGCCCGAAGCGGAUCACCAUUUUCUCAUGCACUGGUUCAAGAAACUAUCUCAGAAGCGUUUCAAGCAGCUGGUGGAACGCCUACAGCUUUUCGUCACCACACGGCUGUUCCCUGCCAAACCAGAGGAGCUGCCGCCCAUGGCCAAGUGCUCAUGGUGGAUCCCUUCUGCUACCAAAGUUCUCUCUCUGCUCAAUGCUGCAAACACCAUUGUUUCUUCUCCCAUCAUUCCCUUCUCUGAUUUUUAUAAUCUCACACUGGACCACAUAGACUUCAUGGAGGAUUACCAUACGUGGCAAGCUCAUGGAAAUUCCAACAGGUUCACAUUUUGCCAGUAUCCGUUCAUCCUGUCUACAGUGGUAAAGAAGGCCAUCAUCCAGAGAGACUCGGAGCAGCAGAUGAUCAGCAUGGCCAGGCAAACUCUGGUGGACAAGGUCUCUCGCAGACAGAGGGUGGAUAUGAGUCUGCUCUUUCUCAACAUUAAAGUUAGGCGUCUACAGCUGGUCAGUGACUCACUGGAUGAGCUUUCGAGAAAGAGAGCAGACUUGAAGAAAAAGCUUAAAGUGACGUUUGUUGGAGAAGCAGGCUUGGACAUGGGAGGACUUACAAAGGAGUGGUUUCUUCUCCUGAUUCGGCAGAUUUUUCACACUGACUAUGGCAUGUUCACCUACCUGAAGGACUCUCAGUGUCACUGGUUCAGUAACUGGAAGUGCGACAACUGCUCGGAGUUCCGAUUGGUUGGAGCUCUAAUGGGCCUGGCUGUGUACAACAGCAUCACCCUGGACAUCCGAUUCCCACCCUGUGUCUACAAGAAGCUGCUGACUCCCCCCAUCGUGCCGUGUGACCCUGACACCCCUGUUGGCAUGGCAACCCUCACACUGGACGACCUGCAGCAGGUCAUGCCUGAUCUUGCUCAUGGACUCGGGGAGCUUCUCAGCUAUGAGGGAAAUGUUGAAGAGGACUUCUGUACGACCUUUCAGGUGUUUCAGGAAGAACUUGGAGUAGUGAAGUCAUACAAUCUGAAACCAGGAGGAGAUAAGAUCGCUGUUAAUAACCAGAAUCGUAAAGAGUAUGUCCAGCUGUACAUUGAUUUCCUGCUGAACAAGUUCAUCUACAGGCAGUUUGCAGCCUUCUACCACGGCUUUCACAGUGUCUGUGCCUCCAAUGCCUUAAUGUUGCUGAGACCAGAGGAGGUGGAGAUCCUGGUUUGUGGGAGUCCCAAUCUGGACAUGGGUUCUUUGCAGAGGGUGGCGCAGUAUGAAGGCUACAGCAAGACGGACCCCACCAUACGGUCAUUCUGGGAUGUGGUUUUGGCCUUCCCUUUAGAGCUGCAGAAGAAGCUGUUGCACUUCACUACAGGAAGUGACCGUGUUCCUGUGGGAGGGAUGGCUGACCUCAAUUUCAAAAUCUCUAAGAUUGACGUUUCCACAGACUGGUUACCAGUGUCGCACACUUGCUUUAACCAGAUCUGCCUCCCACCCUACAAGAGCAAGAAAGAACUGAGGCAGAAGUUAACCAUCGCCAUUUCUAACGCCGAGGGCUUUGGUCUGGAGUAACGUGUAACUGUCUAAAGGAAAAGAGGAACACAAGCUCAUGCUUUUAAUGACCUUCAUAGAAAGGUGGCUUGCUGUGGGUAGGAGGAGCACAUUAGGCCGUUUAUCACGUGCUGUCUGUGUCUGAACACGAUUAGCCAUUUAGCCGUUUGAUACGUUGUGUUGUGUGCUAUUGUGCUGUGGUGUGCGUGUGUGUAAGUGCUAACAGAUACACUCCACCAUGAACCAGGAUUCGAGGAAGGAUCUAGCUAAACUGCAGCCUCUGCCCAGAGCUAGUCAGGCGUUUUACUUUAGUUUACAGGGACCAAACAUUUUAUUUUUAAAGACUGAAUUUCAAUGCAAUAUAUAUUAUUUAAUUUAAAGUAUGAGGACACCAGACUGUCCAGUUUCCAAAAGAUCCCAUGGUCAAUAAUAUGGAGUCACCCCAUAUUCCUCUUUGGGAGAAAUAUUUACAUAAUUGCUGUAUCAGAUUUGCACCUUGCUUUUGUUUGACUAACAGAGCUCUUAUGUAACAUCCCACAGUCCUGCUCUAAAGAGCUCUGAAAACAGGCCAGAACAGCUCAGCCCCUGUUAAAAUAGCCCAGCAAACAGUCUCUGGUCUGAGUGCCUAAUGUGACCGUAGUGUCUCUGGCUCUCGAAAAGUAAUACAAAGCCUCUUUGUCAGACUGUAAUUCAAACAGAAGCGUUCUCCAGCUGCCCGUGUUGCAGAAGCGGUGUCGGUGACUCCGUAAUUAAAUCGGAAAAUGUUUUUAUGCUCAGUGAAGGUUACGUUCUGUAUAUAAUUUUGAGAUGUUUUGACGACCCUUACGUAAGCUUUAUGAAGGGAAAGUAAGAAUGCUAGUGAUUACUGGUCCUGUUUGUGAGUAUUGGGAUGACUUGCCAUAAAUAUGAGUGACAGUUGAUAGUGUUUCUGUACUAGACGUACUUUGGUAGGUAUACUGACUGCGGACACGUGGUUAUAGCAGGUAUAUGUCAUAGAUUUAUUUAUUUUGCUACUGUCCGACUGGAUUUAGUGAUUCAUCAGCACAUUCUGACAUAUUGAGUAAUAGAAGUAUUUUUAGGAUGGCACAUCCUUUUUUUUGGCUUUACUUGUAUUGAACUCUGACGCACCUUUGAUUUCUCGUUCAUCUGUCGCUCCCACGUGACUGAAAUGUCAAAACUGGUUUUGGCUUACACAGGCACCAGAUUGUGUCCACAAGUCUUGCUUCAUGAUUGCCAACUUUAAUCAUGUAAACGUUCACUUUAUUGUUUCAUGUCUUGUUAAAUGUAUGACUGAAUACAGUUGUAUUUGCCUGGUAUUUAUUUUAACUUUGCUCAUUCGUAAUGAUUAAAGUUAUACAUCACCGUUUAUU